AUGUUUUUCCACAUAAGUCUUGAGCACGAGAUCCAAUUGCAUCCGCGAUACUUCGGCGCUCAGCUGUUGGACACAGUGAGACAGAAGUUGUUCAACGAAGUGGAGGGCACGUGCACUGGGAAGCACGGCUUCGUCAUAGCCGUCACCACAAUCGACAACAUCGGCGCCGGAGUCAUACAGUCGGGCACCGGUUUCGUCACGUAUCCCAUCCGAUACAAGGCUAUCGUGUUUCGGCCCUUUAAGGGCGAAGUGUUGGACGGAGUGGUGACUCAAGUGAACAAAGUGGGCAUCUUUACCGAAAUGGGUCCGCUC